GCCAUCCGUAAAAAACCUAACCUUACUUUCUUUUUGUUUAUUUUUUCUUGCCUAAUAAAUUUUCAAAUAGUCUAAAAUAAAGAAUUAAUAGUGAUUUAAACAAAAUAAUUUAUUAACAAUAAUGCCCCUAAUAGUAAUGACUGGUAUACCAUGCAGUGGCAAGACGACACGCUCUCAGGAACUUAAGAAAUUCUUCGAAGAACAAGGCAAAGAGGUCCACAUUAUUAGCGAAUAUGAUCAAAUAAUAAAAGCUGGUUUUGAAAAAAAUGCCUUUUACGCUGACGCUAAUAAAGAAAAACAUAUUAGAGGCCUUUUGAAGAGUGAGAUGCUGAAACUAAUAACUGCAAACAAUGUUGUUAUUUUCGAUGCCCUUAAUUACAUUAAAGGUUACAGAUAUGAGCUGUUUUGUGGUACUAAGUCUAACAGGUGUACUCAGUGUACUGUGCAUACCGAAAUUAAUAGAGAACAAGCUUGGCAAUUUAAUGAAAAUAGAGAAAAUGAGGAGAAAUAUACUCGAGAGAUGUUUGAUGCUCUCACAAUGAGGUAUGAAGAUCCUCAUUGCAACAGUAGAUGGGAUAGUCCUUUGUUCACAACCUAUCCAGAAGCUACUCUAGACACUUCAGCAAUAUACUCAAGUCUGUUUAAAAAGAAAGCUCCUAAACCAAACCAAUCUACACAAAACCCUCCACUUAGUUCCACCAACUUUUUAUACGAUUUAGAUCGAAUUACAAAAGGUAUAACAGAUGAGCUUAUCAAUGCUAAAAAGAGCGGGAAGGAGGGUCCAAUAAUAACUCCAGGAGGUAAAGAAAUUCACAUAGACAUCUCAGAAGUUACCAUUCCACAAAUAAUGUUGUUGAGAAGGCAGUAUAUCACUUAUUCUAAGAUGCAUACUCCUGAUGUAGAAAAGAUACCUGACUUAUUUGUACAGUAUUUAAAUACUAGUCUUAAACAAUAAUAUAUCAAAUAAAAAUAA